GUAUAUGAUGUUUAAGUAAUAACCAUUGGAUAUAAUGAUUCGUGUUAGUGUACCACUUCGGGGUCCUGGGCAUGCCAGUUGCAAGGAGUUAUCUGUAUUGACUCAGGACGGUCCCGCCAGGCACAUUAGAUUCCGAUUAAGGCGUAUAAACCACAAUUUUGGCAGUGUGCUUUGUAUGGGUGACGCUAAGACCCUACGUAAGGCUGCUGACGAGGUUUUACGUGCAGUGGGUGGUUAUUCAGGUAAAGCAGCACUGGUUGACACUGAGUCCCAAUCUAGUGAAUCACCUGCUUGUUCAAAGUCUAAUGCCUUUUGGACUGUAUUCAGCAAGCGAUUUAAAUCUUCAAUGUCUAUAUUGUCUGCUAAUGACACGGUUCACAUUUUGAGGGCAUUUCACUCUGCUAACAAGGAUACUGGCGUAUACGUUGCUGCUGCUCCUGUGAUACGCCCUAUUAUAUCGCAGCUUGACAAGGCUUCUUUGAUCGAUGCCGUCCAUAUCUUUUCAUCUCGCUUAAAGUGUAGGACUCAGGAAGAGUUAUUCCGUAAUUUAUCAAAUCACAUUCCAAAUGUGCUUUGGAGUAUGCACGCUGGUGACAUCACUGCAUUGCUGUGGCACCUUAGUCGUGCACACUGUUUGGACUCUUCUUUAGCUGGUUACAUGUCCCCCAAAUUCAAUGACGGCAUAUCAUCUUUGAAUGACAUUGAGCUUGGGACAGCUUCUUUAGCAUUUGCGCGUCACGGUAUGGGUGACAUGUCUUUUUACGAGGGUAUAUGUUCCAAUUUAUCUUUGGACUGUUCGGGCGAGGCUUUGUUCCGUGCUGCCUGGGGUUUGCACAUGGUGGGAGGUGAUGUCACUAAUAUCGUCGGUUCUCGGCUGUUGACUUGCAUAGAUCACGUGCGUUGUUCGGGGGGGUAUUUAAUGUGUGUUAUUUUUUAUAUUUAGCAGGCGAGC